GCUGCUGAACUACUUACUGGUGUUCCAAACGGUCACUUUUAGAGACGGAAAGAAUCUGUAUGAAAAGCUUAAAAACUGAUGUGAGUGUGUUUUCAUGAAUUUUUUCGUGUGUUUUCAUGGAUUUUUUCGUGUUAGCAGUUUUGUGGAAUAAUUAAAUUCAGACAAAUCUACUUUUUGGUGUAUGUAGCCUGUAUGUUUUGGUUUUCCUUAACACGUCGUUUAUAAUUUAUACAUAAAUAUUAUGUUAUAGUGAUCAUUAAGUGUUAAAGCAUUUAUCAUCAAUUUGUCAUUUUUAUCUGUUGUGGCCUACUUAUGGGAUAAGGCCUACACAAUUAGGCUACAUAGCUAAAGUAUACAUGUAUUUCACCCGCUGAAAAUUCAUAAAAUGUAGUUGCCUGCGGAAUAAUAUGUGCUAUGAAAAUGUACCAGAAGCUUGCACGUUGACGCCUAUAUCACCAUUGCUAAGAUAGGUCCGAAAUCGACUUUAUGAAUGUCGAUGUAUUCAAUCUAACGUUUUAAAAUUACUAUGUAAUUUAUAUUCAGCAAUUUAAUUGGAAGGAGAGGAAAGACAGAAGGGAUUUUAAAAGCUAGCUCUCUGCUCCUGGGUCCCCCGGCGCGUGCAAUCACAGCCCCCCUAAAGGGAGCUCUUUUGCAGUCACGUCCGCUUGCGAUUGGUCAGUGCCUGGUCAGAUGGUACGGCUUCCCUCUGUCCCGCACUGGCAUAUAGCCACCCAGCCCCCCCCCCCCAACUAAAACCCAAUCUCCGAUAAACUACUAAUAGCUAAACCACUUGGACUAUAAAACACAACAAAUCAUAAACCAAGCAAAAGAACCGUGCCCUCCCAAUGAGUUCCUAUUUUGUAAACUCAACUUUCCCAGUGACUCUGCCCGGAGGACAGGAGUCGUUCUUGGGACAGAUACCGUUAUAUUCCUCCGGAUACACAGACCCUUUACGACACUAUCCUGGUUCUGCUUAUGGAGCUACGAGCGUCCAAGAAAAGGCAUAUCCAUCUUCCUUUUACCACCAAGCGAAUGGUGGCUACGGAAGGGCAGCCGCUGCCGGUCAUUGCGAUUACGCGACAGCAAGCUUCUAUAGGGAAAAGGACCCUGCUUGCACCCUCGCAAGCAUAGAGGAACAUUCGUUUGUUCUUAGUCAGGAUCAUCGCAAGACAGACUGCACGGGGACGACGGGGAAAAGUAUCUACCCCGAGGACGAACAGAAAUCGCCAGUGCCGGUUUACCCUUGGAUGCAACGGAUGAAUUCGUGUAAUGGGACCUUCGCUAAUGCCGGGAGAAGGGGUCGUCAGACGUACACUCGCUACCAGACGUUAGAAUUAGAAAAAGAGUUCCACUUUAACAGGUACCUGACCCGAAGGCGUCGAAUUGAGAUUGCGCACGCACUCUGCCUGACAGAACGUCAAAUAAAGAUUUGGUUCCAAAAUCGACGAAUGAAAUGGAAAAAAGAGAACAAAUUGAUCAACUGUUCACAAAACGAAGAGGACGAGGAGAAGAGGACAGAAUGAAUAUGUCUCAAGAAAAAGAAAACUAUUGCAUAGAAGGGCACCAGACACCAUCCCCAAGAAGACUUUCCAUCAUGUUAACAACUGUAGCAUUCCUGUAAACUUAUAAUUUUAUUUUUAUUGUGAUUUUUGUUGUAUUUUUACGUCAUUUUAAGCACGUGGUUUUGUGCGUUCUUACUCAGACUUUAGAUUUGCUCUCAAAAAUGAAAUGUCCAUGUGGAACGAAGCUAUCUGAAAUCUGUCAUAUUCUUGUUUAUAUUUAAACUGUGUAAAAAUAAAAUAAAUUCCAACUGUG